UAGCAGCGAUUAAGAAGCAGGGAUAUUGCUACAUUAGGUCCAGUGCCAACUUUUAUCAGCUAUAUAUAAUUAACCAUAAAGGACCAUAUCUACAUAGCUUCUGGCACCUUCCCAGUUUCAACCACGUCACACCCUGCUUGAUUUCCCCCCAGUGUUCUCUUCUUAAUGGCCACUUGCUUCAGUACUUUGACCAAGGAACACAAACCGUGGACCCAAUCAACCAGAAACCUUUCGUAUCUAAUCUACCUUUGUGCAGAGUCUCCAGGAUAUGCUCUAAUGAAAGCCUGCUCAUGAGGAAGAGUUUUAAAAAGAGUGGGUGGGAACCUCAUAUUCACAGGGGAGGGAGAGGGAAGUCUCUGGGAGAGCUGGGGGACCAGAAGGCGCUUCAUUCCUUUGACUCCGCCCAUAUAUCCCCAUUCCCGUGAUUCCAAGCCCAAAGUUGAUCAGUGAGCAAACCUGGACUUCCACUGUGGCAACAGGCUGCAGGUGUGGUUCCAGCUGGACUGCAGAAUGGCAAAGCUCAUCGAUCACUUCUAGAGGCAAUCUUCAGCGACAAUAAAGCGUUAACCGUGAUAAUCCGGAGCAAAGCUUGUUCUGCUCUUCCUUCCUGGCUUCCAGUCAUAAUGGGGAGUCAGAACCAGUUCACUCCCUGCUUUCCUUUCCUUUCAGCUGUUUUGCUUAUGCUCCAUAACCAUAUCUCCAAGCCCCUGUCCAGUCUGGGCCUUAUUUUAGCUCUAGGGGGUCCCAGGCCAAGAGCCUGAUUAACCGCUUCCCUCUUCGAACCACUGCAUGCCUCCAUAAUGAAACUUCCAUAAACCCCUAACCAAUGGGUUUCGGAGAGGCUCUGAGUUUGGCAGGCCCACCCAAGAGCCAGGAAGGCGGCCCACCUCACCUCCAUGGGGACGGCAGAAGGCCCUUCCGGAUCUUACCUUAUGUACUUCUUCUCCGGUUAUGCAUUCAUAUCCUUUAUAAUCAGAUGAGUUCUGAGUUCUGUGAGCCAUUUUGGCACAUUAUCAAACCUGAGGAGGGAGUCCUGGGCACCCCCAGUUCAAAAGUGAUCAGUCAGAGAUACGAAUGGCUCAGGACUUGGUGUCAGUAUAUGAAAUGAGACGGAACUCUUAAACCCAUUGGAUCGGAUCCCAAGUCCAGGAAGGCAACGUCAAAAUGGAAUUGAAUUGUUGAACACCCAGUCGGUGUGAGGGGAGAAAAAACAAACACUCACCUGCCAACUGCCUUCUGACCUUCAGCCAUGUUCAGCGCCCACGCGCCUUUCUUCUUCUCCAUGGGCCAUAUCCUCCUCUUCGUCUUCACGGCCUCUACCAUAUUUCACCUUCAGCAGCGGCUCGCGAAGAUUCGCCCCAGCUGGCAGUUGGAGACGCUGGUGUGGGCGCCCGAGGAAAACUCGACGACGCCCCGGCCCCGGGGCGGCAUGUUCACCAUCAACGCCCAAGGGCGCCUGGGGAACCAGAUGGGGGAGUACGCCACCCUGUACGCCCUGGCCAAGAUGAACGGGCGGCCCGCCUUCAUCCCGGCCGAGAUGCACAGCACGCUGGCGCCCAUCUUCCGGAUCAGCCUCCCCGUCCUGCACCACGCGGCGGCCGGCAGGAUCCCCUGGCGCAACUACCCCCUGAACGACUGGAUGGAGGACCGCUACCGCCACAUCCCGGGGGAGUACGUGCGCCUCACCGGCUACCCCUGCUCCUGGACCUUCUACCACCACGUGCGCGACGAGAUCCGGCGCGAGUUCACCCUGCACGACCACGUGCGGGAGGAGGCCCAGGCGUUUCUGCGGCGGCUGCGGGUGGGCGGGCGGCGGCCGGGCACCUUCGUGGGCGUCCACGUGCGCCGCGGCGACUACGUGCACGUCAUGCCCCGCGUGUGGAAGGGCGUGGUCGCCGACCGCGGGUACCUGGAGCGGGCCCUGGGCUGGUUCCGGGCCCGCCACCGCGCCCCGGUCUUCGUGGUCGCCAGCAACGGCAUGGCCUGGUGCCGCGAGAACAUCGACGCCUCCCGCGGCGACGUCGUGUUCGCCGGCGACGGCGUGGAGACCUCGCCGGCCAAGGACUUCGCGCUGCUCACGCAGUGCAACCACACGGUCAUGACCAUCGGCACGUUCGGGAUCUGGGCCGCCUACCUGGCGGGCGGGGACACCAUCUACCUGGCCAAUUACACCCUCCCGGACUCCCCCUUCCUCAAACUCUUUAAGCCCGAGGCGGCCUUCCUGCCCGAGUGGAUUGGGAUCUCGGCAGACCUGUCCCCGCUGCUCCACCACUGAUGGCGGCCGGCCUUCGGCGCCCCCCUCCUUCGCUGGCUCCCCCAGGACCAGCUGCCCGGGCCCCAGGGGCGUCUUGUUCCGUGUGCCAGGACCCUUCCCUCUCGCACCAGGACGCUCGAGAGGCCGCAAGAAACCCAAGUCGCCACCGACUUGAAAUAGCACGUUUCUGUGUCCCACGCAACAAGAGCGGAGGCGGCACAUCUCUGGGGUUCGUCGAGGCAGCGGCUCGGCGAUGUCACCGGGAACCCCAGUUCCAUCCGUCUUGUUCAACUGCCAUCAACUCCUCUCAGACCGCUCCACCCCCCCCCCCCCCCCCCCAUGGUCCCAAAACGGCUGCCACAUAACCGGCUGUCACGUGCGGGCAACCUCUUCACGAGGCAGCCAAAAAGAGGUCCGUUCUUCGGUCCCUUUUGAAGAGUGAGGGACGCAUUCCAAAGCCCUCCUGCAACUGCCCCCCCCCCCCCAUAGCUCACUGGCCGGAAGUGUAUCACAUGCCCGCCUGACCCAACACACGGCCAGGCGAAUAAGACCCUGGGAUUGGCUUAGCUGCAAAUCAAUAAAUCUUUGCCCCCUUCAGCCGGGGUGUCGAUCAGCCUCCUCUGAAGGAUGUGGCGGCGGACAGGAGGAAAAGCGGGGCGCUCUUACCGAGGAGGAAGGAAGCAAUGUACGUACAGAAAACAGGGAAGCCUUGAACUCGGUUGUCUGCUCGCUCCCCAAAGCCGCCUGGCCAAGGAGGCAAGCGCGGCUCAAAUAGAGCGGACAACCACCUCUCCAAGCCCUGUGUCCUUGGCCUGGCUCAUUUUUUUCUAGUUUGCCCGGAACGGGGUGGGGGUGGGGGUGGGGGGGACCUUUCCCCCGGUUUCCGAAAGAGCGCCGCCCUGUUGGCCAGUCGCCGGCGUGCGUCCCAACACCCCCGGGGCCCCGCUUCUGCAACCCUGGCUUGCCAGGGCCUGGGAUGAUUACUGUUGAGAACUCCGAGCGCAGCAUGGCUCAGUGGACUCGAAGCGGGUCCAUCCGUUCCCUCUGUAAACACUCGUGGCGGUGGAACCUCGCUCGGAUCCCCGCUAGUGAAGGCGGGGUUGACAGAACCUCGCGGCCGACGCCCGGAUCGCCUGCGUGUGUGGCCGGUCCCCCAGGACAGCUUGGACUUCCGCCUGGAACAUUCCCUCAUCCGGCCGCCAUCGAGGUGUCGGAAGCCACCAUGCUGUGAGGGGGCCCAGGCUCGCUCCGAGGCCACGCGUAGGUGCUGACAAUGAGCGGUCUUAGCUGAGGUCAACUUCAAGUCCUUCGGCGUAGGCAUCCCCCAGGAUUCCACCUGUCACCAAAGAGGUAAUGGGGGAAGUAGAGAGGUCUAUGCGCCAAGGGCUCAACAGAGACUCCUCGGGCCUGGAGUUCACAGGUUCACAGCCCCGGAAAGAGACAAUCCGAUGCCUCAAUCAGAGUGAUGUUUGAGCCCAGCACUCACCGCGGGCCAGUUGCAGAGAGGUCACGCAGUACAGGCAGGGCCACCGUAUUUGUAAGGGAGUCGGUCUGAAAAGGAAGUGAUAUAGGAAUGCAAGGACUGGGAGGCCCCUGGGUGGCUCAGUCAGUUGAGCAUCUGACUCUUGGUUUUGGCUCAGGUCAUGAUCCCAGGGUCGUGGCAUGGAGCCCCGCGUUGGGCUCCGCCCUAAGCAUGGAACCUGCUUGGGAUUCUCUCUCUCUCUCCCUCUCUCUCCCCCUCUGCCCCUCCCCUGCUUGUGCAUCACUCUCUCUCUCUCUCUCUCUCUCUCU